GAUCGGAAUGAUGGGUUGACUGCCAAUCAUCGUGAAGUUAACGAGGCGGUCAGAUCUUGACAAACGAUUUGACAUGAUUUGACGUGAUUUGACAGUCAAAGUCAAGGGACUUGACAGUCAGAAUAAGCUUGUGUGAUGAAGGGAAAUUCCUGAUGAGAGCACUUUGGCGCUCGCAGGCGUUGACCGAAAUGAACUGCGCACCUAAAGAUUCUUUCCAAUUUCCAACCCUGUACUGGGAUAUUGAAGAAUGGUCUGGACAUGCGCGAUCCGGUACUACAUGGUAGUUUCAGGAAUAGACUCGUCGAACAUCUACUUCAUCCCAACUCUGAAUGAUACCAUCCGGACUAUUUUGAUAUGACAACGAUAUCAGGGAGAGAGGUGGACAUGGCAUGAUCUGACACUGCAACUUGACUGUCAUAUCACAUCCUCACAUGGGUGAGCUCUUGGUCAGCACUGGCGAUGUCUUUAGAUGCGAGCGGUCAUUCAAACACUCGUUGAAGCUCAUCACGAUCUUGCCACCCUCCAGCUAUAUAAGAUAGUCUAAAGCUGCAACUAUUUGGAUUCAAAGCAUCAUUUCAAUCCAGAUCUUUAUAACUUCACACACUCUCUCAUCAGCAUUAUCAUAGUUUCAAAUCUCCAGCAAUGGCUAUCACUGACCCCAUCGUCGUUUCAAAAUCUUUGCCAACCAUUUACCUCAAUCUCCUCCGAGCCGAGAAUGAAGCAGAGAGCAAGAAGUUGCUCGACGCUUGUCGCAACUAUGGGUUCUUCUAUCUCGAUUUGACCAGCGAUCCAGAGUUAUGCAAGCUCUGGGAUGAAAUGCUCCUAGUAAUGAAGUAUUACUUUGAACAGUCGCUUAAAGUUAAGAUGCAGGACGCUCGAGGGGAUGACAAUUUUGGUUAUGAGGGUAUGGGUACCGAAGAGGGCCCCAAGCCAAAAACAAGAGACGGCUACGAAUCUCUCAAGAUUUCCCGUCGAGAAUUUCUCAAAGGCUCGACUGACCUUACUUCCUCGGCCCGCUCCCAAUCAGACGUCUUCUUCUCAUUUAUCAAAGACGCUCACAAUAUCACUCUUAUGAUUCUCUCGCGUCUCUCAACCCAGCUAGGCCUCACCGGCUCCAAGCGGUUCGAGUCCUAUCACGCCGACCCUGUGGCAGGAGUGACCUCGCUUUCAACACUUGGCAUGUUGCGCUAUCCAAAACACGAAGAAGGCACCGAGCCCACUAGAGUAGGCCACAACAAGCACACUGAUGUUGGUACUCUCACCUUCUUGCUUGCUAGACAAUGGGGUCUUCAAUUCCUCUCCCCGGUUACUAAACAAUGGGAAUUUCUCGAGCCCCGGGCUGGCCACGCCAUCAUCAACGUCGGUGACAGUCUCCGCUUUCCAUCUGGGGGAGAGCUAGCGAGUGUUGUGCAUCGUGUCGUUCCGCUCAAGCAAAGACAAGACGUGGAUCGGUAUAGCAUUGCAUAUUUCUUGCGCCCGAACGAUGAUGUGAAAUUCAGCGACCCAAACGGAAAGGCUUGGACGGCAAAGGAGUGGCACGAUUUCAAGUUUAACGUAUUCAAGAGUCCAAGUACCUUGGAUGCGAAUGGGCAAUUUUUGACGGGUAUGAUGGCGGAGAAUGAUAGGUUCGUGGAGCGUGAUAGUAAGAUUUCUGUUGCGGUAUAAAAUGGGUGCACUUGUUGCUUUUUGGGAUUUUUACUAGAAGUAUAAGGAGUUUGGGUUGAAAAUUUCCAUCUGCUGUUCUGAACUAGACUUUUGGUGAUUAUAGUGUGAGUCAUGUGCUGUGCAAUUGCCGCCGAUACUUCGUCUUUGGGAGAGCGUAACGCUUGACUCUAUAGUGCUUACACUCUGCGAUGUUUAUUGGAUCCCGUGCCCAUUGCUCCUAUCCUCGCUAUCGUUGGUAUAGCUUGCGAUGCCUUUAGAAUUGUGCAUGCCGACGUUGCCGGAGUGUCAUCUGGGAAGGAAUGGAAAGUUAAUGAGCGUGCCUCGUUCACCACCAACAUUGCUGUCGUGGAAAGUGUGAAUGGUGAGUUCAAUGGGAUGACGUUAGUAGUUCUGUGAGCCGCCAGAAUGAAUGUUGCUUGUAGGAGUUGUAGAGCAUCAGAAGAGAAAGGAUCAAGGAUCAGAUUGAUUAAUGGAACCUUAGCGCGUACAAGUGGCUAGUGAGCAUGGUGGUGAUAAUGUGGCUGGGGAAGCUGAAGUGACCUCGGGACAUAAAUAUAUCGUCACCUCUGUUAGGUAGCGAGGCAGACUCAAUAGAAUUUGAAGGUUCAGGUCAGGUGCCAGAUAUGAUAUAUAUCUAUCUAGAAUCAAUUCUACGCACAAUGGUUGUUGGAUUCCUUUGUUUUCUUG